AUGAUGGAGACCAAGCCGCCGUCGCCGGGGAGCGGGGGCGGAUCGGCGCCGGGGGUGCACCACCACAGGCGGUGGGCGGCGCCGCUGCUGGCGUCCGUGCUGCUCUCAUCGCUCCUCAUCUCGGCCUCCCUCUUCUUCUCCUCGUCGCGGGCGCUGCUCCUCUCCUUCUCCCCGCUCCCCUCCGCGGCCCCCGGGGAGCCGCUCUUCGUCGAGGCCAAGCUGCGGCAGCAGCAGCAGGAGGCGCGCGCCCGCCCGCACCGCGCCGUGCCCAGGAUCGCCUACCUCGUGUCCGGCUCCGCCGGGGACGGGGUCGCGCUGCGCCGGACGCUCAGGGCGCUCUACCACCCGGCCAACCGCUACGUCCUGCACCUCGACCUCGAGGCGCCCGCCGCCGAGCGCGCCGAGCUGGCCGCCGCCGUGCGCGCAGACCCCGUCUACUCCCGCUUCCGCAACGUCAAGGUCGUCACGCGCGCCAACCUCGUCACCUACCGGGGCCCGACCAUGGUGGCCAACACGCUGCACGCCGCCGCCAUCCUCCUGCGCGACGGCGGCGACUGGGACUGGUUCAUCAACCUCUCCGCCUCCGACUACCCCCUCGUCUCGCAGGACGAUCUGUUGUAUGUGCUCUCUGGCCUGCCAAGGGAGCUUAACUUCAUCGAGCAUACCAGUGACAUCGGAUGGAAGGAGUAUCAGAGGGCAAAGCCCGUGAUCGUCGACCCAGGCCUAUAUAGCCUGCAGAAGUCCGAUGUUUUCUGGAUCACAGAGAAAAGAAGUGUGCCGACCGCAUUCAAGCUCUUCACUGGCUCUGCAUGGAUGAUGCUUACUCAUCGGUUUAUUGAAUACUGCAUAUGGGGAUGGGACAAUCUUCCAAGGACAGUCCUGAUGUAUUAUGCCAAUUUUCUCUCUUCUCCGGAGGGUUACUUCCACACAGUCAUCUGCAAUGUCCCAGAGUUCCGCAACACCACAGUCAACCAUGACCUGCAUUUCAUUUCCUGGGAUAACCCACCAAAGCAGCAUCCUCAUUACCUCACCCUCAAUGACUUUGACGGUAUGCUUAGCAGCAAUGCUCCCUUUGCAAGGAAGUUUGGAAGAGAAGACCCUGUCCUAGACAAGAUUGAUCAGGAAAUACUGGGCCGUCAACCCGAUGGAUUCGUGCCCGGUGGAUGGUUGGAUCUGUUGAAUACAACAGUGAAAGGGAAACAGUUCAGCGUCGAGCGUGUACAAGAUCUCCGCCCGGGGCCUGGUGCGGACAGGAUAAAGAAACUCGUCACAGGCCUGCUCACCGAGGAAGGCUUUGAUGACAAGCAUUGCGUAUAA